AGUCCCACGCGGGGGCCGGGGGCUGCAAAUUGCCGGUGGCGCAAUAAAGGCAAACCAAAGUAGUGAAGACGCCAUGGAUGCACGGCAGUUGUGUAGCGUUGACGGAGACCAGAUAAAUAUUAAGGUCAUGAAUAGUAAGUUGUCGUGAUGGCGUGACGAGGUCAAAUCGUAUUAUUUCGUCGUUAACAGGUCCAAGAAGAUACGCGCACUCCAUUUCAAAACCGGCAUUUUUUAGAAAAGUCCGUGCACUUUCUAAGCUAAUUUAUAUUUUUAAUUAGUUUUUCCUCUUCUUCGCUUGUCCUCCAUUACCUCUUGCCUCUUUCAGUCGUUCUUCUCCUAGAUUAUCUGAUUCUCAGUCAAGAACCCAUUAGAAACUUGAAUUUCUGGGGUUUUGACAUUUCAAAAUUUGAUCCAAGUUCUUAUCUUGGUUAUAAUCUUCAACUUCCAUUCAAUUUGGGUUCCUUCAGGUUUUGAUAACUUUCUUUCCCCAUUUUUAUAAUCUACAUACAAGGGGUUUCAUACCUUUCAUUGGCUCCAAAAUCUAAACUUUGGAUAUAUCCUUACUUGAAUGUUCAUUUAUGUUAGAUUUCGAGUUUUAGAAGUCAAACCCCUUGAAAGUCAACUUAUUGAUUUUAAUAUAGUUUCCUAAUUGCAUUCUGGUUGGAUUCUUGUUAAGAAACCCAUUAUUUUCAUCUUUGGUCCUAUCCAUUUUUAGAGUUGUUGAUCACAGCGUUGUUGGUUUUCCCCAUAAAAGGUCCGAUCUUGAAGCUGGGCGCAUGUGUUGUGUGAUUUUGUUGGGGUAAAAAUGAAACUUUUGGUACGAGUAAUCGAAGCUCGAAAUAUACCUCCAAUGGACCCGAAUGGGUUCAGUGAUCCCUAUGUGAAAUUGCAGGUAGGGAAGCAGCGGCACAAGACUAAAGUGGUGAAGAAAUGUUUGAAUCCCUCAUGGUGUGAGGAGUUCGUCUUUCGGGUCGAUGACUUCAAGGAAGAGCUUCUUAUCUCUGUUCUGGAUGAAGAUAAGUACUUCAAUGAUGAUUUUGUUGGUCAAAUUAAAAUCCCCAUUUCUCAAGUUUUUGAAGCCCCAGAUAAGUCCCUUGGCACUUCUUGGUACCCUUUGCUGCCAAAGACUAAGAAGGCUAAGAAUAAAGAUUGUGGACAAAUUCUUCUCACUAUAUGUUUCUCGCAAAACAAUUUGUUGGGGGACUUGCAAUCUAGUGGAGAUUCUACUCCGUUACCGAAGAAGUAUGCUGAUAUGGCAAGUGAAUCCCCUUUGAGGCCUUCCAAUGCCACUUUGAGAUCACCUUCUCCGAUGAGGUUAGAAGAGCCUGUUUCUUCGAAGGAGGAAAAGUCACACGCACAAACCUUAGCUGGUCGAUUUUAUCAAAUAUUUAACAGAAAUAGCGAUGGAGCACCUACGACUUAUGCAAAAUCUACAGAUACGUCUGAAUUGUCUGACAGUGUGAGUACAGAGGAUAAUGAGGAUGCACCUGAGGAGCAAUCUUCAUUGGUGAGUUUCGAAGAAAUGGUGAGAAACGUGGAAAUGAGAGAACAAGGUAGCGAAGUUCCAAGUAAUCUCCCGGGAGUAGUUCUGGACCAGUUGUAUGCCAUUGCACCACGUGAACUGAAUUCAGUGUUGUUUUCACCCGACUCAAACUUUCUUAAGUCUUUCAUAGAUUUCCAGGGAUCCACGGAACUGAAAGUAGGGCCUUGGAAGUUGGAGAAUGGCGGUGUAAAUUUAAAAAGAGUAGUCACUUUUAUUAAGGCUGCAACUAGAUUGGUCAAGGCUUUGAAAACAACGGAGGAGCAAACUUAUCUGAAGGCUGAUGGGAAGACGUAUGCUGUACUAGUUACUGUAAGCACACCCGAUGCUCCAUAUGGUAACACUUUUAGAACCGAAAUGCUUUACUGCAUCACAGCUGGGCCCACUCUGCCUUCAGGAGAAGAGUCUUCAAGACUGGUAGUUUCGUGGCGGAUGAAUUUCUUGCAGAGCACUAUGAUGAAAGGUGUGAUAGAAAAUGGAGCACGGCAAGGUAUAAAGGAAAGCUUGGAGCAAUACGCGGGUUUAUUGUCUCAGACUGUAAAACCCGUAGAUGAAAAGGAGUUUGCUUCAGAGAAGGAGCAGGCUUUGGCAUCACUUCAAGCACAGCCACAGUCAGAUUGGAAACUGGCUGUUAAAUACUUUGCCAAUUUUACUGUAGUAUCAACGUUUGUCAUUGGGUUGUAUGUGGCUUUGCACAUCUUGCUAGCAAUGCCUAGCACAAUUCAGGGACUCGAGUUUGUUGGGCUUGACUUGCCUGAUUCUAUUGGUGAACUGAUUGUUUGUGGAGUUUUGGUACUGCAAGGGAAAAGGGUGCUGGAGUUGAUAUCACGCUUUAUGCAGGCAAGAGGACAAAAAGGUGGUGACCACGGAGUCAAAGCACAAGGAGAUGGUUGGUUGCUGACUGUUGCAUUGCUUGAAGGAGACAAUUUGGCAGCUGUUGACCCAAGUGGGUUCUCUGAUCCAUAUGUGGUUUUCAGUUGCAAUGGAAAAACGAGAUCCAGCUCGAUUAAGUUCCAAAGUCCAUGUCCUAAGUGGAAUGAAAUUUUUGAGUUUGAUGCAAUGAAUGAGCCGCCAUCCGUGUUGGAUGUGGAAGUUUAUGAUUUUGACGGUCCUUUUGAUGAAGCUACUUCUCUUGGACAUGCUGAAAUUAAUUUUUUAAAAACGAAUAUAUCAGAUUUGUCUGAUAUCUGGGUUCCUCUUCAAGGGAAGUUGGCUCAAGCAUGUCAGUCUAAGUUGCAUUUAAGAAUUUUCUUGAAUAAUACAAAAGGUAACAAUAUUGUCAAAGAUUAUUUGUCCAAGAUGGAGAAGGAAGUGGGCAAGAAGAUAAGAUUAAGGUCUCCUCAAACAAAUUCAGCGUUCCAAAAGCUGUUUGGGCUUCCACCUGAGGAGUUUCUGAUCAAUGACUUCACUUGUCACUUGAAGCGCAGAAUGCCCCUUCAGGGCCGUCUAUUUUUGUCUCCAAGGAUAGUUGGGUUUCAUGCUGAUCUGUUUGGACACAAGACAAAAUUUUUCUUUCUUUGGGAAGAUAUAGAAGACAUUCAAGUCAUUUCGCCUACUUUGUCUUCAAUGGGUAGCCCUAUUCUCGUCGUGACACUAAAGCCAGGCAAAGGAUUUGAUGCAAGGCAUGGUGCUAAGACUCAGGAUGAAGACGGAAGGCUAAAGUUCCAUUUUCAAUCUUUUGUGUCUUUCAAUGUGGCAAAUAGAACAAUCAUGGCAUUGUGGAAGGCAAGAGCUUUGAGCCCCGAGCAGAAGGUACAAAUAGUUGAAGAAGAAUCAGAGGCGAAGAGACUUGAAAUAUCCGAAGACGAUUCUAUACCCAAAAACUUACAAGCUGUGGAUGAAGAAACUGAAGGAAGAAACCUACAUAGCGAAGAUAGUGGAUCAUUCUUGGGAGACGGGGAUGUGAACAUGUCUGCUGUUUAUUCCUCUGUACUUUCGAUUCCUACAGAUUUUUUCAUGGAAUUAUUUAGCGGGAAUGAAAUUGACCGGAGAAUUAUGGAGAGAGCUGGAUGCCUUAGCUAUUUGCCUAGUAGUUGGGAAUCGGAAAAGACUGAUGUUUACCAAAGGCAACUUUAUUACAAAUUCGAUAAGCGUAUAUCAAGUUAUGGAGGCGAGGUCACUAGCACACAGCAGAAAUCUCACCUUCCCGAGAAAAAUGGUUGGCUCCUAGAAGAGGUGAUGACACUUCACGGGGUUCCACUUGGCGACUAUUUCACUCUUCAUUUGAAAUAUCAGGUCGAGGAUGUACCCUUGAGAUCAUCAAUAUGCAGUGUUAACGUACAGUUUGGGGUGUCGUGGUUGAAAUAUACCAAACAUCAGAAACGGAUCACGAAAAACAUCGUUUCCAAUCUGCAAGAGCGUCUCUCGGUGAUGUUUAGUGAACUAGAGAAGGAAUUUUGCUCGCGGAAGUAGAAGAUGUUUCAUACACCGUGGCUAUUUGUAAAUUUAAUCGGGUAUGCAAUUCCCCAACAUUCUUUCCCGUUUAACAUUUGACUGAUGAAGCAAGGAACGGAACUGGAAUGUUCGGUUUUUCACCGGAUUUCCAUUUGAGAGACUAUCACAUUGUAUAGCUGCUCGAUCGAGGCGACUUGGAUUUAUGUACUCAUAUUUAUAGCAGAGAUGUAGGCAGGAAGGUUGAGAAAAUGUGAUUGAUAAUCUGCAACCCUUUUUUUGGCAGAUCUCAGCAGUUAAAUUUGAUUUCUUAAUUCAAUUAUGAUACAAUAGAAUAGGUAGAAGUAUUAGAUUAUAGUGUCAUGACAGGAAACUUUUUGUAUGCAUGUAAAAAUAUUUGUUAAAUUAAUUAGAUAUUUGUUUAAAGGAAAA